UCGAGCCGGAGAAGCAGCGGUGAGCACUCGGCACUGGCUGGCUGCACCGCAGAAGAUGUGAAGAAAUAUUUGCCAUGCCACUAAAACGGAAUCUGGACAGACCAAGUGAUGAAUAGCCAGAGAUCCUCGUCUGCAGUCCGAGCUGAGUCCGUCCGCAUACUCGCAGUGCUUGAGUGAUUAAUAUGGCACCCAUCAUGCAGGGCACCCACACUAUAUUGCUUCUGUAUGCACCCAUCCAUGAGCUAAGCAACAUCAGCCGUUAUUUCCCCAAGAGGCGGGCCCCAAGUUUCGAGUACAAGAGCCGCGCCCCUCGUUCAGACAAGGCUGGUAAUGACUGUGACCGAGGAAAGGAGGAUCUUGCAGUGUCCAAACAAAGAGGCCAGUCUUCUGACUUUCCAGGCGAACUGCUCACCUCCCAGCAGGCAACAAAGAAAGCAGUUGCAGAGCUCUGCUGGCUGGUGGCGGAGCACCACCAGUUGCUGGCGCAGUUGUUAUCACUGUGCAAGGAUUGCAGGAACAAAGUCAGGAUGGGUAACCAGGGUGGGAAACUCCAGGAGUACAUGGAGGGUCAAGACGUUCAUCUUGGCAGUCAGGUUCUCAGCGGCAGCAUCUACUCCCUUAAUCAGUCUCCAGAGCAGACGCGAGGUGUGCCUAAAAGUAAAAAGAUGAAGAAGUUAGGGGGGAAGAAGCUUGACAGCGCAGAGAAUUUCCUGCACAGUAAGAUGAAGAAGAAAACUCCAGGUGGAGAGCCGUGUCUUGAGCUUCCAGCUGAGAAAAGUUUGUCUAUAUGUGCGGAUUUGGAAGUGGAGCAGAUGCCAGGUACCAAGGCUUCUGGCCAUGUGUCUGAGAGCCCAAUCGUUGGCUCUUGUGUCUGUCCGAUCAGUAACCCCAUCCUGCCAGUGGAGGAACCCUUCCAGAUCACCCGUGAGGGCUGGGACUUCAUGGAGGACAAUCGCACAUUUGACCCCGACAUGGAUUUUUGUUUCUCAGAGUGUGACGGAGAACUGGGUUACCAGUCAUCUUCUUGCAGCCUAAUGGAGGGUCUGACCCGGCGAGAAAGUGGGAGUAACCUUAGGCCGCUUAAAAGAUUUGAUUCUCCGGUUGACAUGAUAGUUGAGGAUGCAUCAGCAAUCAAGUCAGCUCAACAGCUUUAUAGUGAAAUCAACCAGAGGAAUGUUGGAGUCAGGGUUGUUGCCAGAGUGCAGGAUGUAGAAGGGAGGGUGCAACAUGUUAGUCACACAAGUCCAGACGGGGCUGUGCCACACCCUGAAUCUAGCAAAGGCCAACAAGGCUAUAAAGAGUGGAGAGGGCCAAACAGGGUCAGGGGGGAAAAGUCAUGUAACAAACUCUCUGAGGGGCUGCGACUGCCCCUGUACAAUACCACUGAGCCCUUGCCCAAAUCCCACAAAAAUAGCCCCUCUUCCCCUUCCCUCGCUGGGGUGUUCAGCACCUCCUUCCCAGCCUCCAACAGCCUCCAGAGCAUGUCCCCAGUCCUGUCCCCUCUGUCUUCCAAACAGGAAAGCCCGCAACUCAAUCACCGCAUUGUACUCCUUUCAGAUAAGGACACUGACCCUGAUCAAGACAGCUCCAGUAACGCAGAUGAACCCAAAAUCUUCUCCGAGAUCAUAGACAAAAAUGGCAAUAAACGUGCCGUCACUCGGCUGGAUCUGAACCUCAGCAGGCCGCCGAGCAACUGCAAGGGGAACUCCUCCAGCAAUUCCACAACAACAGAAGAGUCCCUCUUGCGUCAGGAUGAUAUUUGGACGCUGGAUGGCGAUGACCCUCAGGAGACCCUUUCACAUGUUCCACGGCCUGAUCACCUGGAUUUCCUACGCAUCACACCUCCCGAGGAUGACAUUAUUGGGGAUACUCCAUAUUAUCCCAAGCUGGAAUGCACGACAGAAGUCACGUCUCCUACAGACAGUGAGGACCGGACUCCAGGGCGUCUUCAGGCUGUGUGGCCACCACCCAAACCCAAGGAUGAAGAAGAGAAGGUGGGGCUCAAGUACACCGAAGCAGAGCACCAGGCUGCCCUCUUGCAGCUGAAGAGAGAGUGCAAGGAAGAGCUGGAAAAGAUGCAUUCAGAGUUUGAGUUUAAGAUGUUCCAGCUGCGUGGUGAGCACGCGGUCUCCAUAUCACACCUGGAGGGAGUCAUUGCCAGUUUGGAAGGAGACAAGCCGUACAACGCAGGACGGGAACGCCGUGAGGUCCGCGAUGUUGCUGUGUUCACCGGAGAUGACCCCAUAAUCAAGACCUGCCGCACUGUGGGUAUCCAGACGGACCGGGAGACGUUCAUUAAGAGCCCCGAGGGCGAUGGAGGCGGGCUCGCUCAAAGCCCCAGUCAGAACCUACCGAAAAAACUCAACUUGGACUCGAUCGGACUGAAUCUAAAGGCUGAAAUGGACCAAGGGCCUUCUGCGCCGCCGCCGCCGCCACCUCCUCCUCCUCUACCAGGUUUCUCAGGGCCACCAGUACCCCCCCCUCCUCCUCCUCCUUUGCCGGGCAACACUGGAGCCCCGCCGCCACCCCCUCCACCACCUCCUCCUCCCCCUGGGGGUGGCCCACCGCCCCCACCUCCUCCACCACCUCCCCCUCCCGGCUUACCUGGCAGUGGCCCACCUCCUCCUCCCCCUCCUCCAGGAAUGGGCCCCCCGCCUCCUCCACCUAUGGGGGGAUUCGGUCUCGGCCAGAAAGCAGACAUGGCCCCACGGAAAGCUGCCGUCGAGCCUGCGUGUCCCAUGAAGCCUCUGUACUGGACCCGGAUCCAGAUACAGGACAACAACAACAACACUUUAUGGUGUUCUCUGGAGGAGCCAAACAUCGUCAACGCCAAAGAGUUUGAGGACCUUUUUUCCAAGGCCACGCUGCAACCGAAGAAGAAGCCGCUGUCGGACACGUAUGAGAAGAAAGCCAAAACUAAGAAGAUUAUCAAGCUGCUGGACGGGAAGCGUUCCCAGGCAGUUGGCAUCCUGAUAUCAAGCCUGCAUCUGGAGAUGAAGGACAUUCAGCAAGCUGUUCUUAAUGUGGACAAUUCUGUGGUGGAUUUGGAGACAAUUGAGGCUUUAUAUGAAAACAGGGCCACCAGUGACGAGAUGGAAAAGAUAACGAGACAUUAUGAGACAUCCAAAGAAGACGAAGUGAAACUGCUGGACAAACCUGAACAGUUUCUCUAUGAACUCUCUCAAACUCCGGACUUUGCGAGCCGAGCCCGAUGCAUCAUCUUCCAGUCGGUAUUCCUCGACACCGUCUCUUCUAUACGUCGCAAGGUGGAGAUCAUCUCCAACGUCAGCAAAGAGUUGCUUGAUUGCAACAGUUUGCGGGAUAUAAUAGGUCUCGUUCUGGCCUUUGGGAACUAUAUGAAUGGAGGGAACAGGACGAGAGGGCAGGCUGAUGGCUUUGGGCUGGAGAUCCUCCCCAAGCUAAAGGACGUCAAGAGCCGGGACAAUCGCAUGAACUUGGUGGAUUACGUGGUUUUAUACUACUUGCGUAAUUUUGAUGAGCAUGCUGGUACGGAAAAGAGUGUGUUCCCUCUGCCAGAGCCACAGAACGUCUUCCAGGCUUCUCAGGUUAAGUUUGAUGACCUCGCCAAAGACCUCCGAAAACUCAAGAAAGAUCUGACCGCGUGUGAGAAGGAUGUGCAGAAAGUCUGCGCUAACUCAUCAGAAGAACACCUGCAGCCUUUCAAGGACAAGAUGGAGGGAUUCGUCUGUGCUGCUCAAAAGGAGCAUUCUGCUGAAGAGGACCAACUUAAUGCAGCACAGAAGAGUUUCCAGGACGUGGUGAACUACUUUGGUGUUAAGCCAAAGUCCGGGGAGAAAGAAGUAGCUCCGAGUUACAUCUUUAUGCUUUGGUACGAAUUCUGCAACGAUUUCAAGAACACUUGGAUACGGCAAAGCAAGAACAUCUCCAAGGAGAGGUUGAAGGAAGCCCAAGAAAACAUCAAGAAGAUCACAGCAGAGAAGAGAGUCGAAACCAAGAAGAUCAAUGCCAACAGUCUGAAGGAGAGGCUGCGACAGAAGGAAGCCAGCGUGUCCUCCAGCUGAGCAGAAUGAUAAGUGGCAGAGCAGAAGAAGCACGGACCGGCGGUGGUGCGCCAGGAAGGGUGCAGGGGCCCAUCCAUCCUGCAGUUACCACCUGCCUCAGCAGCACUGGACCCUACCCUCUGUUCACCGUACGGACCCACAAUAAAACAUGGUCAGACUUUUACUACUCCCACUACCGUAUCUGUGCCCCACUAACAGCACUGGACAUCCCCUCCCCUUCCCCUGUUCUCCACCGCCUUCUCUUCGAGGCUUUUUUGGCACAACCCCAGUUAGCGAAGACGAUUGGCCGCCGCAGCCGCAGCGAGGGGAGUCAUAAAGGCCAAAGGGUUGACCUCAUUCAUGCAGCAUGGCGUGACCCCUGAGUGCCCAGCUUGUGAAAGGUCUCCAGGGUUCAGCGGGAUGCACAGCAGAGCCAGCUGACACAUCCACAAGCGUCCUUCUGGACCUCUUCCGAAGCACGAGAAAGUUUCUUUUCCAAACUGUAUCAGAUGGCGUAUGUGUUAAAACGAUGCCCCAGCGCGGGCUGUGUUUCUUAGACGUUGUUGUCGACCUACAAACAGAUAUGGCUUUACUGCAAGUGUCUGCUGGGAAAGAAAAAAAUCACUGUUGACAAAACAGAUCUCUCACUUGGAGCAGGGAGAAAGAACUUUCUGUGUCUUUCGCUGUAGCGGGUAGCUUUUCAUUCACCACGGCUCAUUAAAACUCUUGUAAAUAUGUCAUGUAGUAGAACUGGCAGGGACUGUACAGCUUUGGGAAAUAUGAUAGAUUAUCUAUGCUGGGCUUUAAGUGCGGACGAAGACACGUCGUGUAGAAAUUGUCUAGAAGUUGAGUGCGUGUUUAAAAGGGGCGGGGGGGCCUAUGUGUAAGAAUGUGAGGUUUUGCUGUACUGCACCAGACUGACCUCUCCUGGGUGACGGCCAGAGGAGAGCAGAAGCUGGCAACAAAUGUGGCCCGGAGCCUCGGCUCACACAAAAUUGGACUAAGAAAAAAUAAUAGUAAUAGUUUUGAAUGACACAACAGGUUUUGGGCUCACCUGCAGUUUUAAAGAGAACGUGUUAAUCCUUCAGUGAAUGCUGUACAUGACGUUGUCCCAACACAGUUUUAAGCUGCUUGCUUUAGCUGUAUGUUGCUGCACGUCGUUUUACCCCCCAUGCUGACCGCAUGCGUUGUUUUUGCAGCUGUCUUUCACUGUUUUGCACCUCCUUUUCCUACGCAAGAGUAACGUUUCCCGUUAGAAAAUGUAUAAAUGAUAUUUCUUCAUGAUGAAAUCUUAUUUUAUUUUUGAACAAAUAGAAAAAGUGUAAUAAAAUCAUGCUUUAUUUUCACUAAUGUAAGAUGUAGCUAUGCUCCUGUAUCACUAAAGAAAAUUGUAUUUAUGUAACAAAGUAAUAAUUUUAUGCCCCCC